AUGGGUAGCCGUCUCGACAAGAACUCGAACGCGGUGCGUAAGCGCAUCGAGGGCCACACCUUUUCCGAUGAAACCGGCGAGGAAUACGAAGGUAGCGCCUUUGGGGGCUUUUCCGACUACUUCCGGCGCAAGAAGAUCAAGCUUCAGAACUUGGAUGCCGAGCUUCGUGAAGGAAGCAGUAAGGCCCAGAUCUUCAAAAACGUCGUUGCUCAUGUGUCCGGAUACACACAACCGCCCCUGCACAUCCUCCACAAGCAGCUCGUCGAACAUGGCGCAGGUUUCUUGCAGUACUUGGACUCCAAAACGAUGGCCACUCACAUAAUCGCCUCGUCACUCACGCCAAAAAAGGCUACGGAGUUCAGUAACUACCGAAUAGUGAAACCAGCUUGGGUUGUAGACUCGAUUGCUGCGGGCCGUAUGCUACCGUGGUCAGAUUACCGGGUGAUCGAUGAGGGUCCGAGGCAGAAAGUCAUCAAGUUCGGUGAAGAUGGCAAGAUCUCUUCACAAGCGAACACGCCGCAAAGAGGCUACAAUGACCAGAUUCAGAGCAGCUUCUACACAAGCCAGUUCAAGAAGCCUACGACUCCGGCUAACAAGGGUUCCUUCCCAGGCUCAUCUGCCACAGUACAAACCCCAACGCCAUCAAAGUAUGCUCCUUCGAAACUCCAGACACUUGAAAGCAUCGAGGAUGAGUACGGGGAUGAUGUUCUGAAAGACCUGGAAAUGGCAGACUUGAAAACCUCGUCUCCCGUACCAGAGGAAACACUGGAGACAGGCGUGGAUACAGAUACUGCUGUGAGCUUCGGGGAGGCAGGAAGCCCUUCUUCAGAGCUGCAUGGUUCUGUUCAGGAUCAAAAAGUCUCGCAACCACCCAAGCAAAUAUCACACGAACCAAAUGAUCCAUCCCGCCCUAUAUCCCACGACUCAGCUCUGACUUCCGAGGAGCACAACGCAUGGCUCCUGUCCGAUCCGAGACUAAGAAAAUCUUCAACCGCGAAUCCAGAUUUCCUGAAGCAGUAUUACUCUGAGAGUCGUCUACAUCACCUAUCCACAUGGAAAGCAGAACUAAAGUCUAAGAUGCAAAGGCUCGCCAAUGAAAAAGGCAGCGGCACGACCAAGAUCAUCAAGCGCAGACCUGGAGCUCGGCGGUAUGUUAUGCACGUCGACUUUGAUAGUUUUUUCUGCGCGGUCUCGCUCAAAAGUGCACCCGAGUACGUCGACAAGCCCGCUGUAGUGGCACACGGCACCGGAACAGGGUCAGAGAUUGCAUCUUGUAAUUAUCCUGCGCGAAAGUUUGGUGUCAAGAAUGGAAUGUGGAUGAAAAGAGCGUUGGAACUUUGCUCGGACAUCAAGGUUCUGCCAUAUGAUUUUCCUGCCUACGAGGAGGCGAGUAGGCUGUUCUACGAGGCAAUACUGGAAGUGGGUGGUGUCGUCCAGAGUGUCAGUAUUGAUGAAGCUCUAGUGGACAUCACCAUGCUCGUCCUGGCCGCUUCAGGGUCUGAUGGCCAUGGUGUCUCUGAAGGCAGCAUCUGGAGAGAACAAGAAGGUGCAAAUGAGCUUGCCACUGACCUACGCAAGCGGAUUAGGGAAAAGACGGGGUGUCACGUCUCCGUGGGGAUCGGCGCAAACAUUCUUCUCGCCAAGGUUGCACUUCGUAAAGCGAAGCCGGCGGGCCAAUACCAAAUCAAACCAGAGGAAGUCCUCGAAUUUCUAGGAGAGCUCAAGGUGGAGGAUCUACCAGGCGUGGCGUACAGUAUCGGCGGCAAGUUGGAGGAAAUAGGAAUUCGACUGGUCAAGGAUAUCAGAGAUGUAUCAAAAGAGCGUCUGGUAUCUGUACUGGGCCCGAAGACUGGCGAGAAAAUUUGGGAAUACUCAAGGGGCAUCGAUCGUGCUGAAGUGGGCGAUGUGUCGAUCCGCAAAUCCGUGUCAGCAGAAGUCAACUGGGGCAUUCGCUUCCUCAACCAGCCCGAGGCUGAAGAGUUUGUCUUGAACCUCUGCCAAGAGCUGGAGAAGCGCUUGUUAAACGAGGGUGUCAAGGGCACGAAUCUUACAAUGAAGAUCAUGCGCCGGGCUCUAGACGCUCCACUGGACCCUGCAAAACACUUGGGCCAUGGGAAGUGCGAUACAUUCAACAAAAGCACAGUAUUCGGUGUUGCGACUCAUGAUGCAGAAAAGAUUGGUAAGGAGGCCAUCUCAAUCCUGCGUUCCUUCAAAUUUAGCCCUGGAGACCUGCGAGGUCUAGGUGUCCAGAUGCAAAGGCUGGAGCCGAUCAAGCCUUCAGCAGCGCCUGACGGGAGCCAGAAAAGGCUCAAUUUUGGCACAUCCGGUUCCCACUCAUCAAAGAGAGUGGUAGCGCCCAUGGCGCCUAUGGGUCUCGAUGAAAUUUCUGAUGCGGGUAGCCCUGCGAAAUCAAGAGUUGCGGCUCAACAGACAAGGCGAGAUGUGUCGGAAGACCCCAUCUCGGACAACCCUCUCACUCCUCGCAAGCCGAAAGGGCCCUCUGUCCACCCUGUUCUUGCCCUGUCUAGGGCAAAUGAGGCCGAUGACAAGGCGAAUACGCCCUUGAACGUCAUGGGAACGCAGUUUAUCAUGCCAUCGAAUCCAGACCCUGAAGUCGUCGCGGCGCUCCCCAAAGACAUUCGUAGCCGGUUAAUGGCACAGCAACGGCGUCGAGAUCCUGAAUCAGGAGUAUCAAGGGAGGGCUCUCCUGCCUUUCAGAACCCAAGCGGGCGUCAGUCUCGCGAUCAGAGCCCCGCGGUGGUAGAGCCUCAAAUCCCACCCGACAUUGACCCUGAGGUGUUCAAUGCACUCCCAGAUGAAAUGAAGGCCGAGGUGCUAGCACAAUAUGGUCCACGAAGUCGAAAUGCACAGAGCAUGCCCGCCCAGCCACAGUCACCACGUCGAGAUCGGAUCAUCCGCCCACAGCCCCAGAGAAGCCCGGCCAAAAGGGGGCGAGGCAGGGGCGGGAUCCGAGGCAUGCUGAGCAGGACGCGUGAGAGGCAACGAGACGCGAGCGCCGGACUUAUGCAGACAAGCUUUGUCACGAUGGGCAACAGGAGGUCCGCACUGGAAAAUGAAGCUGACGAGAUCGAGGAGAUUGACCAAGCCUUCCUGGCCGAGCUACCCGAGGAGGUCCGUAAGGAAGUCAUCGCCGACCACCGCCGUCGCAAGCUCGCUCAUAGGUCGGGGCUGGGCCUCAAUCUACAAGGCUUGGGGCGGCGAGGCGCCGCUGACCGGGCGAGGGAGACCGCCGGUGGUCAGACCAAGAUUGCCUUCCCGAAACCACCCGCCAAGGUGGCAUUCACAGCAACCUCGCUAACCUCUGUCCAAGAAGUGAAGGAUAUGCUCAGUGCAUGGCACAGGGAGACAGAGGAUGAGGGGCCGCACAGGGACGAUGUUGAGGUCUUUGAAAAGUACCUUGCUCGAGUCGUGAUAGAGGAGAGGGACAUGGAAAAGGCUAAAAAACUAAUAAGAUGGCUGGAUUGGCUUGUUGAUGACGGCGAGGACAGCAAGGGCAGGAAGGGCUGGAUGGAAGCUUUUACCGGAGUCAAAAAUGCUGUCCAUCGGGCGUUGGAGGAUAGGGGCCUAGGACCUAUGGUGCUUUAG